CGUUUCAUGGUCUCAAAUUCUGUUGCACCUCGGUGCCCAGUGACCUACGAACCUUGCUUGCCAAUAAGAUCAAAUCUAUGGGUGGUGUGCACUGCAGCCACCUCAUGAGCGACGUCAACUACCUCAUCGUCGGCGAUCGCGCCACCGAUAAAUACCGCUUUUCCGUGCGCGAGCGUGCGGACAUGAACUUUAUCAGUCCCGCGGCAAUUACCCAGGUUUACGAGGCGUGGAUGGGCGGCGCGGACGCGGACACGGAGGCGCUCGACUUGCAAAACCUCUUGCUCGGCGUCUUCGAGCGACUCGUGAUCUGUGUGUCGCGCGUGGAUGAGGAUAAGCCCGCGAUACUCGCGCAGCUCGCGCGCCAUGGUGCGAAAGUCACCGACUCGCUCACCAUGGGUAACUCGUGCGUUGUGACGAGCUCCCGCGAGGGCAAGCGGUACGAAAAGGCGGUGGAGUGGAAGAUCCCGGUAUUAGACCCGUCCUGGGUGGCGGACUCGCUUAAAAGAGGGGCCAUGCUCGCUAUGGACACAUAUGACGUCUCCAAGGUGGCCCCGGAGGAUAUCGGGAAAGACGCAUGUAAAGUUUGGGCGGAGCUUGCGCUCCAGACGUCGAACGCGCCAAAACGCCGCGCGGAGAUUGAUCGCGGGGAGAAUGCGAUGCCAGCGAUCAACAAACGGUUUAAGACGGCCGCGCCGAAUAUCUGGGGGUCGAUCAUGGAUACGGCGGUAAGGGCGAGUGUGCCGAAACCAGCGAACACCUCGGCGUGGGACGUUCCAGUGUCUCGCCUUGAGAGCCCACGUAAGGUGCGUCGCGAUGCGAGUAUGGAUGUGGACCAUAAUGCGGACCAUGACGCGGACCUUGAUGUGAGUCCAGGUCCCAGCGAUCCCCCAAACAUUUUCACAAACGCCGCGUUCUCCGUCUAUGGGUUUGAACCGCACCAGGAGCAAACCCUCUCAAAAGUAAUCCGGUCUCACGAUGGGACGGUUGUGUCGCUUUCAGACCUCCUCCCCCAGCGCUCGUUCAACCCGCUCGCGAGCGAAUAUGACAGAGAACCGCCAACGAUCGACUACCUCCUUAUCCCGACCAGCCUCAACUACCGAAAGCUCCCGCACGACAUCAAGGGCUUGCUCAAUCAAGGCAAGCUUCUGGGGCAGCACCCUAUCGAGCUCGUUACUGAGUGGUUCAUCGAACGGAGCUUGCAUUACGGCGCGUUGCGCUUGGACAAGUGGGGACGGCCGUUGAAACAUAUCCAGACGCCUGCCGGUCCCAAGGCGUACCGAGUGUGCAUCAGCGGCUUUUCAGGAAUCGAACUCUUGCACAUUGAACGACUCGUGCGAAUCGCAGGCUGCGAGUUCUGUGAGGCACUCACCGAGUCGCGCGACUUGCUCAUCAUCAACAUCUCUAUCAUCACCACGUUGCGUCAGCAGUCGCCUGAGCUCUACCAGUACACACGGUUUCCCGAGGUGGUGGAGUGUGGCGAGGUGUUUGGCAACAGCAGCAAAAACUCGAUCCGCAACAAGAUCACCGCCGCGAAGCGCUGGAAGAUUCCGAUCGUGUCGGUGGCCUACCUCUGGGAUUUGGUGGAAACGGGCAAACUUCCUCCGUUGAUGAAUCUGAACUGGUGUAUUUUCGCUCCUGAGCAUUACAAACAGCCAAGGAAUUUGAUGGAGUAUAUGAAAAUCUUGUCCAAUAAGAUUGUGUCUGCGUCGCCGCCGGGGGAAAGUCAGGAGUCGGACUCGGAAUCCCUUAGAGAGGCAUCAGUAACGGAGACAAGAGGGAGCGAGAUGGAACAGGACGAGGGAAUAAGUCAGAUUCAGAGGAUCCAAGAUGGAGGUGAGGAUGAAAAUGAAGAAAUUCAAGUAUUAGAAAAUGAAGAAAUCCAAGGGCGUGAGGAAAAUGAGGAGAUCCAAGGACUUGAAGAUGAGGAGAUUCAUGGGUUUGAGGAAAUUCAAGGAAACCAGCGAAUCAUAGAAAAUACAGACAGCGAAGGAAUGAAAGAGAUUGAAUCAAUUCCGAAAAUCCAGCAAAGCCAGCAUAUUCAGCAACUUCAACUGAUAAUCCCCCCCGACUCACCGCCCGUGGAAGUAGCCGCCCAAAGCACCCUUCAAAAAUCAGCUCAGCCAUCUCAAAUCCGGAGCAAGCGAAACUGGGGGCGGAUUAUCGGCAGAGCGGCGGAAUCGGUCAGCGCCCCCACAAAUGGUUCGCACAAUGUCGCCCUGGAAGAGAUCGAGAGCUUCACCGCCUCCAACAUCGUGGGAAACGUGAAUACUGCCCCGGUGCCUAUAGCGACGCAAAUCUCCUACGAAUCGGCCCCGAUAAUGUCGGUGGACCACCAACCAGGAGUCCGCACCGCCGCCAAUCCGACUGCAGGCAAGGUCCGAGUCACCCGUGCCGGUGCCAAAGCGUUUGAAGACAUGGCGAGGUAGUAUCACAAGGUUUUAAGUAUAAAUAAAUUUCAGGCUUGCGAAGCUGACAAGGUAAGAUUGAAUGUAUAAUUUUC